UUGUAAAUUUAAUAGGUUACAGAUUACAAAUUACAUUAAUAAGUGUAUCUUUUUCUAUUUCUUUAUUAAAGUAAUUUAUCUGAUUACAUUUAACUACCUUUUGAUAGCUUUUCUAAUGUUUUUUAACUGUUAAUCAUUUUGAAAAAUUUUAAGCAGGCAGGGUUAACUUUAUAUUAAUAUUCAGCACUUAUUACUGUCAAGACUUUCAAAAUUCUUUUUCACUUGAAUUACUGUUAUAAUACUUUAAUUGUGAAAUGCAACCACCACAAAUUCAAGACUCGCUCAUAUUUGCUUCGAGAUCAUAAAGUAAUUGAAAUGUAACUGAUACAGAUUACAGUUCAAUUUUUUCUGUAAUUUAAUUAUGUAAUACAUUAACUGGUUACUUACUCCUCAACAACGCUGGUGGGACAAUAAAACAUAACUUAAACAUGACUGAAGACCCGUGUACUAGACGUGCUGAUUCUUUGGUUCUCAUAGGAAAAUAACUUCUCUAGGAAAUAAUUUAGAAUUUGUUGUUGGCUACUUUCAUGUUAAACAUUACUGCCUUGAUUUAAAUAGUUUAGACAAAAAACAGUUGUAUAUUAAAUGUGCGCACACAUUAAAAUGUCUGAAAAGUGUCAAAUGUGAGCCAGUCGUUUUAAUAGUUAUUCAUAUGAUUGCAAACUCCAAAGUUUUCCGUAUGCAGGGGCUCAAGUUGAUCACAUGGGUUUGUUGCACUGAUCAACAGAAAGCUACUGCGUUUGACUUUUUUUUUUGCUAACAAAAUUUCUCUGUCUGAAAGUCUAUUUCUUGAAAAACUCAGGUGUUUGUGAAGAUAGGUAGAAGUCUUUAACUGCUUCAAACAUCUCCAAAACCCAAAUAAAACUACACUUACUGCUGUCCAGGAUUUUUCUGUUUAGGUCUAAUUCAGAGGGUGUUACGAUAGAGAAAGUUAUUUAGCAGAUUUUAAUAUUCAAGAUUAGAAAUGAUCUGCUGAAAUUUGACAGUUUGGCCAGUAGCUAAUAAAUAGUGACUUCCUGCAGUAAUGAGGGGACAAACUGUUGGGGUGAUUAACACCUAUAUGUGUGUGUGUGUCUGUAUGGGUUUGGAGGAAGUGUUAGGGAACCCUUGGCCUCUAAAGUCAGAUGCACCCCCCUUUCCCCAGAUCCAGAGCUUGUUGUUUCUACACACCUUUGUGGGCAAGCUGGAGCACAAACUGGGAACUGCGGGAGACAAAGAGGCAGAUCAAAGACGAGACUGAUGUUUUGACAGAAGUGCACAUACACACCUCUGUCCUCUUUGAAGUUAUGGAAAGGUAGCAUCCUAUGGAUAGUCCUAGCAAGUCACUGGCUUCCUACAAACCCCUGGACAAGUCACUUUAGUUUGUUACUCCGGUCUCAUGGUCAUGUAUCUCCCGGAGGAACGGCCUGUGCUGGACCUACCUUACCAGAUGAAUUAUUUGGCUAAUAACUAUGGAUAUUAUCCACAAGACUGUAAGGAUCCCAUUUUCCGCACUCAACAUGGCCUCAACAGCAGGAUGAACAGUCCUGAAGCUGAACUGACCUCGCUGCCAGUUCAUGUGUCCCUGCAAGAUCGAGAGCUUUGGGACAAAUUCAGCAGUAUUGGCACAGAGAUGCUAAUUACUAAGUCUGGAAGGCGGAUGUUUCCCAGCUGCAAAGUAACAGUGACAGGACUGAAUCCAAAAGUCAAGUAUGUGGUGAUAAUGGACAUGGUGCCGUUUGAUAACCACAAGUACAAGUGGAAUAAGGAUCGCUGGGAAGUGAACGGUUCGACUGAUCCACACCUGCCCAAUCGGUUCUUCAUCCAUCCAGACUCUCCUGCACCCGGAGAGAAAUGGAUGCAGUAUCCAAUCUCCUUUCACAAGCUCAAACUGACCAACAACACCCUUAAUUCUAAUGGCCUGGUGGUUCUCCACUCCAUGCACAAAUACCAGCCCCGUCUGCACAUAGUCCAGUCUCCAGACCCCUGUAAUCCUCACAAUCCUGGCGGAUAUCUGCGCUUCACCUUCCCUGAGGCUGCUUUUACAGCUGUCACAGCCUACCAGAACCAAGAGAUCACAAAACUCAAGAUUGACAACAACCCCUUUGCUAAAGGCUUUCGUGACAACGGACUGAAUAGAAAAAGGUUUAGAGACAAAGAAAGCCAAGAGACCCAGGAUUCAAUUGGACAAGCCAAACAGCGUUUGACACCAAAUGAGCAUGUAGGACAGCCAAAGAAAGACGAAGUGGAUGUGACUGUAUCCAGCUCUGUUGACUGCAGCAGACGCCUGAAUUCUUCAGAAGUGGCUUCCUCUGUCACUCCCAACCCUUUCAUAUCAGCCUUCAUAAACCCCAGUACUGCUGGAGAACCUUCACCCCAUCAGACCCACACCAUUCUCAGCCUCGGUAACAGACACCUGAACAGUCCCAGAGAAGCCAGACCCUCCAGCUUCCAUAGUCUGUGUGCAGCUUUGCCCGUGGCCCAGAGCUCCUGCGUCCAGUCCUCCACAGGAGACGUCAACCUCAGCAGACUGCCUUCUCAGAUCAGCAGCCCUCUAAACCCUCAGCAGCACCAUCACAGCAGCCCAGCCUCUCAAACCCCGGGCCGAUCCAUCCUCCAGCUCCAGCCUUAUUUUCAGCCCCCUCCGCAUCCCUCACGACAGUGUCCCGACAUGGAGCUCCCCCUUCCUCUGCCUCCCAAACUGAGCCGGAUGCAACUCCCUGAAAGUGCUCUGAGGAACCUGGAGAUGAAUCCAGUCUCUGACUGUAUUAAUCCGAGGCCCCUCACCAACAUCCUCAACAGGAUCCAUUUUCGAUCUUUAGCCUCUGGACCAUCGGUGAAGGUCCUGCAAAAUCCCCCCCAAGGGGAGCAGUACCUCCGCGGCGCAGACAGAGAGCUGCGUCCGCAGAUCUAUCCGGCGGUUCAGGAGUACAUCGAUCAGCAGUUCGUGCUGAGCAGCCAGACUGAACACAGAUCGCAGAUGGACUACAUCAGCGCCAGACCGCUAACUGAAUAUUACUGCGAACAGCAGACUGGGAAAUGAAGUUCAUCAGUCAUCAUCGAAUUAUCCCUCACUUUGCUCAUUUCCAGCAGAGCCUGAGCUGCUCUGCGUUAGUAGUUUACAAAGCAGAAUCAAGUCAGGCACCGAGGGCUUCCCAACAAAAGAAUGUAAAUAUUAUUUUCAGUGGGACAUGAUGUUGUUAGCUGUCACUGACGUCCAUAUUUAUGUUUAGUCUGUUGCCGUCUGUCUGAACUUUAAACUGCUGAACAUCUCAACACGAAACCAUUCAGAGUUGUAGCUGACUUCAAGCAAUUCUGCAGACUACACUUUUGCCGGUUCCAUCCAUUUUUUUUCAUUUUCUACAUUAAACCUAAAUACAUAGUUCUGGGUUAAGUUUGA